AACGUUGAGAUUCUAUUAACCAUCGUGUUCUCAACGUUCAUUUCUAGGAAGACGUGCGUUUGAGACUUGGAACCCAACAUUUCCUGAUUGAUUUCCCUUCCUACAUUGUAACUGGUGUGCACACACGUAUACCUUUCUCGGCCUUUUGGCUAAGAUCAAGUGUGCACACACGUUGUCCCAACACAACAGGAAGCAAGAAAGAAUGAGCCGUUGUUUUGGGUUUCGGAAAAAAUGGAAGGAUAUAAAGCUGAAGCUUGAGGAUGAGGUUAAGGAUAAUCGCAAGCCUGCAAUAAAAAAUGUUCAUGAUGCAUUAUCUUCAGAAUCAAGACUGGGAUCAAAUCCCCCAAAGGAUGAGUCAAAAAAUCCUGACAAGCCUCCAACAUACACCUAUCGAGAGCUUGCAACUGCAACAAAUAACUUUAGGGAAGAAAGCUUUAUUGGGGAGGGUGGAUUUGGGCUUGUGUACAAGGGAAAGUUAGAAAGAACUGGUCAGGUUGUAGCUGUUAAGAAACUUAACCAUUCAGGUCUCCAAGGGGACCCGGAAUUUCUGGUGGAAGUUCUCAUGCUUACUCUUCUGCGUCACCCUAACCUUGUCACAUUGUUUGGUUACUGUGCUGAAGGGAAUCAGCGUCUUCUUGUAUAUGAAUAUAUGUCCUUAGGAUCCUUGGAAGAUCACCUCCAUGAUCUUCGACCAGAUAAGGAGCCUUUAGACUGGAACACUAGGAUGAUGAUAGCUGCUGGUGCAGCCAAAGGAUUGGAGUUUCUGCACCAUCAAGCAGAACCUCCUGUUAUAUUCAGGGACUUAAAGUCAGCUAACAUAUUAUUGGGUGAGGGGUUCCAUCCAAAACUUUCUGAUUUUGGGCUAGCAAAAUUUGGUCCAAGUGGUGAUAAGUCGCACGUCUCCACCAGAGUCAUGGGCACUCAAGGUUACUGUGCCCCUGAAUAUGCUACAACUGGAAAAUUGACAUCAAAAUCUGACAUCUACAGUUUUGGGGUAGUUUUGUUGGAGCUGCUAACUGGACGGAAAGCACUAGAUGACAACUAUGGUCGUGAUAAACAGCUUGUUGAGUGGGCACGUCCUAUGUUGAAAGACCGCACGAGAAUUACACAGUUAGCCGAUCCACUGCUGAGAGGUCAGUUCCCAGAAUCUGUCUUUAAGAAGACCGUAGAUGUGGCAAUCUUGUGUCUCCAAGAAAAGGCCAAUAAUCGGCCUUGCAUGCAGGAUGUGGUGACUGCUUUGAAUUACCUAGCUUCCCGCAAGUAUAACCCAAAUAAGGCUAACACGGCUGAAAUUAAGGGCAUUGAAGAUUACUCUUCAAGUGGAACAAACACGUCAACCAUAGGCUCUCCAAUUGGAACAAAGUUGUUGAACAUAGGUGUAGACCGCGAGCAAGCUGUUGCAGAGGCCAGGAUGUGGGGAGAGACCUGGAGAGAAAAACGACGAAAAAGUGCAAAUAGUAGUCCUGAAUCUCAUGAUGGCUUAUAUACGUAGUUAAGCAUAAUUCCUUCCUUGUUGUUUUCAUUGUUUAAAAAAUUUAGUGAGUAGAGAAAUUAUGCCAUAAAAAAAAAAAAAAAAAAAAAAAAAAAAAAAAAAACUAGAAUAUAAAAUGUAAGUGGAGAAAAUAGGAGAUUGAGACCAUAGCUUAGUUUGAAGGGGAUAGUCAAGGAUGAGAGAAAGUCUGAGAGCUCUAGCAAGGUAUAGGUUCAUUAUAGAGUCAUUGUUGAAAGUGAAACUGAUUCCGGUUUAGCAAUAUACCUCUUUCUUUAUUUCCCC